AUGCUUCACUUUGUUGUUCGCAUAUUCACUAUACUCAUUUACUACGAACUACCUACACAGGCAACUACCCGCAUUACAUGUGGCAUCAAUAAAAGGCAUCCAGAUGGACGAUUAACUGGAUGGACUCGAGCUCGGUCGACGUCGUUCCACACUAAAGUCAAGUCCACCAUCCGAACUACGGACAAACCGGUUCGGCUCGCGUUCCGGAACACGAUAUCGACGACUAACAUGCCGACUGAGAAACUUCUUUAUGGACCAGGACUCAUCGUGGCUUUUCUCCGUAGUACUAGUAGUAGUCUGUUUAUCAUUACUACUAUUGUAGUAGCCAGUUACAUGGCCGAAGAAAGACCCUCGUCGUUUGUAAGGUUCAGGAUUACAGAAAUCCAAAUCCUCCUGGUCUGCGUGGCGUCGGAGUGA